UUAGCAGUUUAUAAUCGACUGCAUUUGUAGUUACAAUUCACUCAUCAAGGCCAAAAACAUGUAGCCUUACAUCUACAGACACGGGGGGAGGGUUGAGUUUUCUUCGGCAGCUGAGAAUCCUGGGGAAUGGAAUUUACAUGGUCCUCUGGUGGACAUGGAGGUAAAGUUUUCUUGAGACUGUUCCUGAGUUCCUGUGGUGGACAAAAAGCCUUUAUAGUCGUGUUCUAUGGCGGAGGGGAGGUCAAGGGAGAGCAGCCUGGUUGGGAGGGGACAUCUGCAUCCUUCAAUGUGGUCCCAAACCAUGAAUAUUGUUGGCCAGUUGGCGGAGACGGUGUUUGUGACUGUGAAGGAGCUGUACCGUGGCCUGAACCCCGCCACACUCACCGGAGGGAUCGACGUCAUUGUGGUGCGACAGCCUGAUGGAUCGUUCCAGUGUUCCCCCUUUCACGUCCGUUUCGGCAAGCUGGGUGUGCUACGCUCCAAGGAGAAAAUUGUGGACAUUGAGAUAAAUGGGGAGUGCGUUGACCUGCACAUGAAGCUGGGUGACAAUGGAGAAGCUUUUUUUGUGGAGGAAAAUGAAAACAUGGAGUCCGAGGUCCCUGCUCAUCUCUGCACCUCCCCGAUUCCUCUUGAGGGCCCUGAGGAGAUCGAGGAGACCGCUGAGGGAUCUCUCGUCGCUGGGUCUGGCACUCGCAGAAAGAAACGCCGUCGCAAGCGCAUACGUUCUGACACUCACCUGAGAGAAGAGGCCAGCUCGUCAUCAGACGAGAGAGAACGAGAGAAGGAGUGGGAGAGAGAAAGUGAUCAGGCCGGCCAGGAGAGCCCUAUUAAGGAGCAGCCCAUCACACCGCUGCAACUCAGUAAAUCAGUGUACUACUCGAUGUCUGAGGAGCCAAAUGAGGAGCAGGGCGCCACGCAGACCAGAGACACACAUCCACACUCAGAUGGAGAGCAGUCACCCUCUGAAAAUGUGUUCCUCAGCCGGCCAUCCUCUCCUAAGAGUGAUUCUGAGCUUCUGGUUAAAACCCAAGAGUCGUCUGGGCCUCAGAUGGAGUGGAACUGGGGAGGUUUUCCAAUGCUGUGUCAAUCUGAGAGGACACCAGUGGAGCUGCAGCGCAUUCCCCCCUCCAGCAGUUCUCAUUUUCGCACCAUUGAGAGACAGGACUCCUUCGACAUGAGCUAUGAGCCUGUGAUCAGCUGCAGCAGAGCAGGCAGUGUAACGGUGGUCAGGCCACAACCCAGGACUCAGUCCCUUGAUCUCAGUAGCCUUGCUAUGCAAACCACGCCUUUGUCCAUGGAGAAAAACUCUCAUAUUUCCCAUUCCACCCCCAGUGACCUCUCAGAGUCACGUGCACCACCAAUGAAAACUGUUGUAGACACACAGACACUUGAAUGCAGAUUAGGGGAAGAGGAGAACUCUUCUUCUCAUUCAGCUAAUCCAAUCGAUAGCACUGAUUCUCUUGGUAGCCAAGAAACCACAAGGACUGCUGAGCAUAUUAACACCGUGACAGACAUAAUUGUCAAUGGAAGCAAAAAUAGAGUCGUCACCGUGACAGAACCAAAGAACUCACAAAUACUUCUCAUCAAAGAGAGCAAAGACUGCACAGUCACAGCAACAAGUUCAGGUAGUACAGACUUAUCAGACCCACAACAGCAGAGUGCCUUAUCAGAGAGAAGUGAGCAGGGUGCCACUGGCAGUGCCCCUGUCAGUGAGGGCGACAGUGGGAUAGAUCCCACUGAGGUAGUGGAGGAGGAGGGUGGACCUGAGGGGUCAGCAGGAGCCUCACUGACCCACAAAACCACACUGAAUGCUGAAGGGAGAGACGCCGACUCCAGCUGGACUGCUGCAGAGGGGUUAGCUAACUCUCCUGAGGCAUCCUCCAAAGUGGAGCAACAAGACAAGAAGAAAGGUAAACGUAAUCACCACCUGGGACCAACAGGUAUUUACUUGGAUGAUCUGACCACUUUGGACCCUGAGGUGGCAGCACUCUACUUCCCCAAGAGUGAGACAGAGGGAGCGUCUCAGCAGGGGGCAGAGCAGGGCUCCUGCUCAGGCAGCCAGUCCCCUCAGUCAGUUGGCAGCGGGGCCAUGGACAGCGGUACUGAGUACCUGUCAGACUCCACAUCCUACAACAUGGAUGUCAGCAUGUCCCUCUGUGGACAAGAGGGGGACACCAGCCAUAUCACUAAAGAGAAGUUUAUGGAGCACAUUGUGACGUACCAGGACUUUGCCAGCAAUCCAGGAAUCAUUGAGGAUCCAAGCCUCGUCAUCUGCAUCAACUCCAACUAUUAUAACUGGGCAGUGGCUGCUCCAAUGGUCUUGUCGAUGACAACGUUUCAGAAAAACCUACCAAAGAGUACGGUCGAGCGGCUGGUGAAGGACAAGAUGCCCAAAAAAUCUGGACGGUGGUGGUUCUCCUGGAGGAGAAGAGACAUGGACAAUAACCAGCAGAAGAACUCAAAGGAUGAACAAGAGGAGCUGCUGGCGAGUGUUUCUUCCACAGUUAAAAUACUGUAUGAACAAACAGAACAACAGAGGACACGAGCCACGUUAGACGAUGUAGACAGUGACGAGGCGGCGGGCCUCGGCCGAAAAGCCAUCCUUGCUCCCAGCCUAUCAGCAGAGACCCUCAACACCACCCAGUGUAUAAACCAGAUAUACCGCAAAUCACUGCGCCUGACCUCUGAGCAGAUAAUGCAAUUAAACUUGCGUGACGGAGCUAACAAGGUGGUGUUCAGUGUGACCACGCAGUACCAAGGCACCUGCCGCUGUGAGGCGGCCAUCUACCUGUGGAACUGGGAUGAUCGCGUCGUAAUAUCAGACAUAGACGGCACCAUCACGAAGUCUGAUGCUCUGGGUCAUAUUCUGCCUCAGUUUGGAAAAGACUGGACACACAAAGGCAUCGCCAAGCUCUACCACAAAAUACACCAAAAUGGCUACAAGUUCCUGUAUUGUUCAGCGCGAGCCAUAGGUAUGGCUGGCAUCACUAAGGACUACCUGCAGUGGGUGAAUGACAAAGGCACUGUCCUCCCUAAAGGCCCCGUACUGUUGGCUCCCAGCAGCCUCUUUUCGGCACUGCACAGAGAGGUUAUUGAGAAGAAACCUGAGGUUUUUAAAAUCGCCUGUCUGAGUGACAUCAGGGACCUGUUCAACCCAAAGAGGCGGCCCUUCUACGCGGCCUUUGGCAACAGGACUAAUGAUGCAUAUGCCUACAAGCAGGUCGGGGUGCCCGACACCCGGUUAUUCACCGUCAACCCGAAAGGAGAGCUCAUCCAGGAGAAGACAAAAGGGAACAAGUCCUCGUACAGCCACCUCAGUGAGCUGGUGGAACAUUUCUUCCCCAUGCUGUCUGUCGAGGGCAGCACGUCCUCUGCUUUUGACUGUCCUGACUACAGCAGCUUCUCCUACUGGAAGGAGCCUCUGCCAGAACUGGACCUGGCUGCACUACUGUAGACACACACGCCCACAAAGAUUUACCAAAAACACACACACACACACACACACGCACACACACACACACACACACACACAAGCACAUAUACUCUUAUCUUGGUUCUCUCCCUUUUUCCAGUGUAUUUCCAAAGGAUUUUUCCCAGUAAGCCAGAAUGUUGCCUUUAUUAGUCCUGCCGACUGUCGUGCCUGUUUUUAUGAGACACCAAAUAAACUGGAACGGGGAGGGGCAACUGUCCAGUCUUCCAAAGGCGGAGCCCAAAUGAUUUCAUUAAAACAUAUGGAAUACACAUUUUAAACAUAAAUGGGUAAAACAUUAUUCGUCAUUUAAUUUCAAUUCUCUCACACUGACAGACUGUUUACACAGUAUUGUAACAUGACACAACUGGACAAAUAUGCUUUGGACUGUUUCAGCUUUUUGUUAACGUAUCAUUCCAAAAUCUGUAUUUAAACAGUGUAACGGUAUGAUAACACAUUUCAGCUCCGAACACUUACCAAAAAACACAUUUGUGCAGAAGUUGAGCUGUGUUGGAUGCCAAAUGUGCCUGUUUUCUCUGACUGAUCUGGAACUAUUCUGUUUACUGCUUGAAGCUCAAACAGAUCCACACACACACACACACACACACACACACACACACACAUACAGAGCUACAGCUACAUGACAAAACUUAUGCGUCUGUAUGUUGUUGACACCAGAGAAUAUAUUUGGACCUAAGUGUCAUGGGGCUACACAUACCAAGUCUCCAAACACAGAUUGAGAAUGUAUUCAGAAUGCUUUGUUUUAUUUAAGCGCCUGUUUUUCACCCUAACAAGAAAUAGGACAACUGGCUGCGUUUUUUUGUCAAGUGUUUUCAAAUUUCAUUUGACUCACCUGACCUGACUGUUAAGUGUUUGAAGCUCUGGAUGAGAUAACUGCUGGGUCACGCCUGCAGACAAACACAGAGUGAGAGCUCGUUCGAAGGGACAGUAGCAUUACGUUUGGCAAUAAGAAGCUAAUCUGAGCAUCUGAUGAUUGUGAAACUACAACAUGCACAUCUACACUUCCUUAAGGUGCGACACUACCAAGUUUAGAAAUGUUAGUACUCUACACGACUGCAUAGGUGGCUCAGACUGAUGGUGUCGUGUAAACAGACCUCGGAGGGGAGGGGAGGGGGGUACACAGUAGUUUGGCGCUGUGCCUUUCUGAUAUAAUGACACUUGUAUUUAUUAUUUUGGCAAAUCUUUGUUCAUCCAGCUGUGUGUGGAUGCAUUGGAGCUGAUGAUUUUGCUGUUACUUUUUAAACUUAAUGUAUAGAAAUAUAAAAUAAUUUAAAACACAA